AUGCCACUGCAUCUACUUUGGGAGGAGCUAAAAAAAGAUCUACUCAAUGGAUUUCAUCAAGACCAGUUCCCGCGUGCUCUGAGUGAGUUAACUUUCCAACGCAAUUGGAUUGGCAUCAUUUGGAUGAGUAGAAAAGGAGUUAUGAUCAAAAUAGCAAAGACUGGUCCAGGCGGCUCUAUCGAGAAACCGCGGCCAAGCGGAACAGCCGGCCGAGGAACAUCCGUCCGCGGUCGGCCAACAUCCGACAUUCCCGUCCCGCCUGUCCACGGCCGAGCCACGUACCGACCCGGGAAGCAUCGUCCCGCGGUCGGCCAAACCAGAAUCACACGCCGAAGUGCGCACGACCGUACCGCGCGAACAGGAAGGCAACGCCUCGCGGCCGCGCGGCACAACUCACGUACGCGGCCGAUCGCGCCGUCCGACCAGGAAGGCCUCGUCCCACGUCCGGCCGAAAACCUUCGGCCAAUCUAUCCACCCGGCCGAACCCGACGAACGAACGCGAAAACUCUCGGCCACGAUCGACCCGACCGUGCCGAUAGCCGACCACGACCGACAGCCGGCCGAACGUCCCGACCGACCGUCCGAACGGUCCGGUCGACCCGAAGCCGUUUUUGA